AUUUGAAAACUUAGCAGAAUCAAAAUCAAAAGAUUAUACGAACGGAACGUGCACGCACGGAUAAAAUUAUACCGUUACAUAGUUGUUCAUUUUACCAAAAUGGCAACGGUAAAUGCAACACUCGAAUCUGUUGUUCAUCAAUUUCGGCAUUUUAGUUUCGGCACAAUUGAUUAUGCCGUUUUCAUUGUGCUGCUAAGUAUUUCACUGCUGAUUGGCAUCUAUUUCGGAUUUUUCGGUCAUGGCGCGGAUAAUACCGAAGAAUAUUUGCUUGGUGGUAAACGAAUGAAAACAAUUCCGAUUGCGAUUUCGCUUGUGGCAAGUCAAUUAUCGGCGGCUGCGAUGAUGACGAUUCCAGCUGAAAUGUAUUCCUUCGGUAUAAGUUGGUUCUUCAGUAUUGCUUCGAUGGCGCUGAUAACACCGGUGCUCUGUUGGGUCAUAAUUCCGGUAUUUUACAACAAUAAUAUUUCAAAUUGCUAUGAGUAUCUUGAGUUACGUUUUAAUCGUAACACUCGGCAUUUGCUAACUUUUGCCUUCGUGUUUACAAUAUUUUUACUGCUGCCAGUUUACAUAUUUGUGCCCUCCUUAGCCUUUUCUCAAGUAACCGGUCUGAAUAUACAUUUGAUAAACGCAUUUAUUUGCUCGAUCUGCGUUAUAUAUACAAUGCUGGGUGGCAUUAAAGCAGUCGUUUGGACUGAUGUUGUGCAAGGAGCACUGAUGAUCGGCUCAGUGGCGUUGGUAUGUGUAUUAGGAACGAUAAAAGUUGGUGGAGUCGGUGAGGUAUUGAAUAUAGCAAGUAAGGGUAGUCGUUUGGAUGUUAGUUUUUCAUUCGAUGCCACUACCCGUGCCACCUUUUGGAACACCUCUAUUAGCGGUUUCAUUUUGUGGACGGCCUAUGUGGGUCUGAAUCAGAGUUGUGUGCAACGUAUUGUGGCUCUGCCAACACUGGGUCAUGUAAAGCGUUCUCUCAUGUUUUUCGGAGCUGGUGUCAUCGUCAUUAUGUUAUUUAAUUGUUUUGUUGGUAUAGCCAUGUACGCUCUCUAUCACGACUGCGAUCCUAUAACACUUGGUUAUGUGCAAAAAGCCGAUAAAAUGAUGCCGUUCUUUGUGGAGGAUAUUGCCGGUCAUCUCAUCGGCGUGCCAGGCAUAUUCAUUUCCAGCGUUUUUAGUGCGGCCUUAAGUACAAUGUCGGCCAACUUGAAUGCUCUGGCAGGCAUAGUUUACUUAGAUUAUAUCAAACCAUAUAUAAAACAUACCGAAAGAAAAGCGAAUUAUAUUAUGCGUGGUUUUAUAUGUGCAUGUGGUGUGUAUAGCAUUGUUGGUGGCUUAGUAGUAGAACAAUUUUCAUCGAUAUUACAAUUAAUAUAUUCAAUUGGUGGUGUGACGAUGGGCGCGGUGUUUGGCGUUUAUGUGUUGGGCAUGUUGGUGCCACGAGUUCAUGGAAGAGCUGCACUCUGGUCCGUAAUCGCAAGUAUGGUAUCAAUGUUGGUAAUUAUUGGCGGUGCACAGAAUCGGCUCCACUACACGUCACUACCUUUUUCGAUAGAAGAGUGCUCUCAAGAAAAUAUAAAUAAAUCAAUUUUCUCAAAUUCAACUUCAGCACUUGGCAACCUACCCAACUCAGCUGAAAGCGAAAGUUUCUGUUUAUUUGAUUUAUCUUUCAACUGGUACGUGACUAUCGGCUGUUUAAUUGUCUUCCUUGUCGCUAUACCGCUUAGUUAUAUACUACCAGCAGAGAAAGAUUACAAAUUAAAUAUAAAACUUUUGUCACCUGUGUUGCAUCCAUUUCUUAAUUAUAAUAUAGUGGAUAUGGAUGAAUUGCCGGAGCUUAAGACAGUUAAGGAGUUUUAAUUAAGCACUUUGUCAAUUUGUAUAUUUUUAUAAUGAUAAUAAAAGCUGAUCAAUUUUAUCGUUAGA